UUUCCCAAACUUGGUAAACGUGAACUGAAAAAUUUUGCCAAAUUCUUCCAAGAUGUCUAACCGGAACGACCCAAAUUUGCCACCAAACCAACCCUCGAACCAAGGUAGACAUGCACGUGGUGGAAGGAAUGCUGACUUUCAAAAGAGUUAUCAAAUGAACGAGGAGGAAAAGCGGAUUUUGCUCCAGUGUCAAUCGGAGAGUUUUUGGUACCGUGCCCUGCCCCUUGCGCUCGGCGCAGGCCUGCUGACGCAAACACUCAUCACACGGGGCACCAUAACGACAGGGACAAGAUUCGGAAGAUUUGGCUCACUUCCAAAGGUUGCUUUUGGAUCCAUCAUUGGUUACAUGGCCGGCAAAAUCUCCUACGUCAAUACCUGCAAAGAAAAGUUUCUCAGGCUAGAAAACUCCCCCAUCGGUGAAAUGCUCAGAAAGGGUGGUGGUAUGCCCUCCGGUCAAGGCGGAAGCUUUGGGUUGCAACUACCCGGCUUCCAGUCAAGUAAUGACGAUCCUGUGGAGGGUACCAGUAGCCCCCAAUCUAACAGUGAUUCCUAUUCAAGUUUUAAUGCCAAUGAUGACUACCGUGCAAACAUAGACAUCGAUACAAGUAAUGUGAAGACCAUGGAUAAUCAUUUUGACUUUGAGCUCAACAACGACGCCGACCCGGAACUUGAAGCGAAGCGACCAGAGAUGACAAAGACGUAUGAAGAUCUUCGACGGGAAAACCGGCAGCAUCAUCCUUCCCAAUACACCCAGGUGAUGCCUGGCCAUUACCAGCCCCGCCCUCAAACACGCCCACAAGAGCCUAAAGUAAAGAAGGAAAAAGAACUUCCCUUUUCGAGUGGGGCAAUCAAGAAGAACAAGUAUGGAGAUGAAAUGGAAUGAAUAGAGGGGAAAACAGGAGAGGAGACUACAGACAAUCCUUUAUAUGCCUCUCAGUUUCCAAGUGAUUGUGACAGCUUUUUAGUUUUAAAAGAAAUUUACGCAUGAUGAAGCGAUUUAAAUCUACGAUACCAAGGUCAGCCUAGAAUGGGAAAAUAUCAGUUAUAAGUAUUCAUCAUUGAAUGGAGGCCUAAAAUAACCCACAGAGCCCAUAGCAAUAGGAGACUUUGGAACGCUAGGUGGCAGCAGACUCACCAGGUAAAUGUCCAUUGUUUACAUAGUUCUGAACACGCGCACAUUAUCGAGAACAAUGGAUUUUACCUGGUAAGUCUGCUGCCACCAAGCAUUCCAAAAGUCCCCUAUUGCCAUGAAUCCCUGCUGCAUUUAUGCUGUGGUGCCCGGUGCCUUAGCUGCCGUGCACUCUGCAAGGUUCCAAAACAAACUUACUUUUUCUCCAUCAGAGUUGCCCUUACCAGAGGCACAUUGCUGCGCCCACUUCAAAUUAUUCAAAAGCGAAGUUGAAUGUUGAAUGUGUAACAGUUUGGCAAAGUAGUUUUUUCAAAAGAGUGUCUUGCUCAAAAGACACCUCGAUUUGACACUCAACAUUAUGGUGGUCAUUUGGUUUUGUUUGAAGGCCGCGUCACCUGAAAUGCUCACUUUACUGAAUAACGCACAGUAACAAUGGCCACCAAGAUUAUGCUGAUGAUGACGUCAGGUCAAUUGGGUCAAUUAAGUGAAGACAAUAACUUUUUAGAAGGCAAAUACAAAUUUUAAGAAAAUCAGGCUCUUUUAAUGUUGUUCUUUAUAUAUAUAAAAGUUUAGUACAUCAAGAAAAAUGUAUGAAGACAGCUCAUUUGCAAUUACAACGACAACCCUAGUAAAACAAUUCCUUUUAACCCCAGACCAAAACACAGACACCAUACUACUAAGUCUUCCAAUACAUUAUCAUUGUUGGACUGCCAUCCUACAAACAGCUGUAAUUUUGUGUAAUACAAAAAUUAGAUUUAAGAUCAAAUUAAAAUAAUGCUAGUUAGCUAAUAAAUGGCUAAACUUGAUUCAAGUCUUAGAUCGCGGUUGUUCUUCUGCAUCUCCGCUACAAAAAAACGCCCCCACAUUGUAUUAGCUAUCACGGGCCCUAACUCGCAAUCUAAAUCGUUGGCUAAAUUGCGAAGGUAGAUCACAAGAGGGCGCUGUUUUCAGCGGCUUUCACGCCGACUCUGCAAUGACUAUAACUGUGUUUGUUUAGGAUCGCAGGUCAAGAUGUCAAUCGUGCGACCUUGCGCGACUGACUAUAAACCAGCCUUUAAAUAAUUGGUAUAAUGAUAAUUUAUCUUGUAAUAUCACACUUUCCUUGGCAAAAUUAUGAUCAAUAUGUUUUUUUAAGAUUAAUCUCAGCUAUGUAUCUGUGAAAUCGACUUGAGCCCAGUAGUUUUUGUUGAAUUUGAAAAAGCAGCAUCUCUGCUCAGAACCUUUUAAGUUUUAGGCCUAAUGCAUGUAUGUGAAGUAUAAACUGAUCAUUCAU